AUGAAUCAAUUUAUUAAAUUAAAUCUUUUUUUUAUUAUACUUAUUAUAUCUAUCUACGGAAAAAAUGUGGAUAAUUUUUAUAAGACUUUAAAUGAUGAUCCAAAUGAUGAUCCAAUUGAUAUAUCAAUUUCAACGACAACAACAACUAAACAAAAUAAAAUAUCAUUAGCAUCAAUGAGUUGUAUUGAAUCUCGUCGAUGUGGUUGUUAUAAAGAUUAUUGUUGGGCAUAUAUAGAUGAAUAUCAAAUGCCAACAACUGGUUGGUGGUGUUUUACACAACAAGAAGGUGUACGUGGUAAACAAAAACAAUGGGCAAAAUGUACCAAUAGUAGUCAAUGUUCAUGGACAAUGACUUGUGGUGAUUGUUAUACUUAUGUUGGAAAAAGGACAGGUAUCAAAACAAAUAAAAUUCUUUGUUAA